AUGUCAGAACAAGACUCCUCCCCCGAACCGGCUCAUUCGAAAGAUGAGGCUCCUGCUCAAUCAGCACGGCCGGCACGCACCCCUCAAGCAGCACCAGCAGCAUCGACGGUCUUCACCCCCUUCAACUUUCUCUUGAUCUCCGGCCUCGCUUAUCUCGUACUCCGAUCCUCUGAGUACAAAGUCGAUCCAAAAGAACUGUUUCAAAAAGGCUUGACCUACUUCUCUGAAUUUACCGGAAACGGUGGAUCAGGAUCAGUAUCAAGACAGGAAUCGGGAUUGGGGUUAUAUGCGAUCUGUUCGAAAGAAGGCAACCAGAUCUAUACUAGCGAGCUAGAUACUCCGCAAGUACAAUGCGUGUUGGUCAGUAAUGAUACCAUCAUAGGUCUGGGUGCUCAAGCCUCGGUGGAAGAGACCGCUGCCUCUCUCACAUCCGAUCUGGACCCGGGGACGAAGGACUUGCAAGUAUAUUACCUCCCUGCAGGCGGAAUCAUGACCCCGGGCUUUACCGACUCGCACGCCCAUACGUUGCAAUACGGGCACGCUCAGUUAUUGAACUUGGCUGGUAGUCGGAGCGUUGACGGCAAGUACUCUCUUAUCCUCGAGAUCAUCCGGCGACUAGAAACCUACGUUGAUGAGAACCGCGAAGCUGUAGAGGGCGGGGCUUGGAUUGAGGGUCAGGGGUGGGAUCAGACGCUUUGGGAGGGGAAACAGUUUCCUACCGCCGCCGACUUUGACAAGUCGCCCAAACUCCGUGGUCUCCCGAUCGCUUUGAAACGGAUCGACAUCCACGCCGAAUGGAUCAGCUCGUCCAUUCUCUCCCUUAUGGGCACCCUCCCAGAAAGCGUCCCAGGCGGCAAGAUCAUGCGUCACCCCGAUGACGACACUCCCACUGGGGUCUUCCUGGACAACGCUAUGGGACUGGUCGACUUUGUCCGCCCACAGUGGACGGAAAAGCAGAUGAAGAUGUAUCUGGACCGCACGGUCGGGGAUGCCGUGGCCAAGGGGGUUACGGGGAUUCAUGAUGCUUUUGGGUUACCAGAGCAUAUCGAGUUUUACCAGAGGAUGGCCGAUGAGGGAAAGUUACCGAUCCGGUUCUAUAUCAUGCGAAAGUGUCCCGAUAGGGAGAAGUACUGUGGAGAUGAAUUACCCAUGAUCGAUAACGCUGGUGAUGGCAAGCUCAAUGUCAGAAGUGUCAAGCUCUUCGCGGACGGGGCUCUCGGCUCGUGGGGUGCUGCGAUGUUGGAACCUUAUUCCGAUAGGCCUGAUGAGACUGGGAUCAUGGUAACCCCGGAGGAAGCUUGGACGGGUCUGAUCGACGAUUUCGUGCGCAAUGGAUGGCAAACCAAUGUCCACUGUAUUGGCGACCGUGCGAACCGGGUCGUCUUGGACGCCAUGGAGCUUGCGAUCGCAAAGUAUGGACCGGCCGAUCGCCGGUUGAGGAUUGAGCACGCUCAGAUCAUGACUGAGGAUGACCUGGCGAGAGCGGUCAAGCUGGGAGUCAUUGGUAGUUACCAGCCCACGCAUGCUACUUCGGACAUGUGGUACGCCGAAGAUCGAAUCGGAAAAGACAGGCUCAGGGGAGCAUAUGCAUGGCAGACCUAUAUUCAACUGGGAGGCAGGAUUGCGCUCGGAUCCGACUUUCCGGUCGAAUCGAUCGAUCCUCUGAAAGGUUUCUUUGCUGCUAUUAGCAGGACAGACGAAGCGGGCGACUCUCCGCAUGGUCGGGACGGAUGGUUCCCUGAACAGAAGCUGACCCGGGAUCAGGCCCUGAGAGGAUUCACCAUAGACGCGGCCUACGCUUCCUUCCAAGAAAACAUUACGGGAUCGUUCAAGGUCGGCAAAAAAUUCGAUGCGGUAAUCUGGGACAGGGAUAUCAUGCGGGUCGAACCCGCCACAGAGGUACUACAUGCCAAAGUUAGCGCGACUAUCGUUGACGGAAGACCGGUUUAUGGAUCGUUGUAA